AAUGAGUCUCUCGAAAUUAAAAAUCAGGUUUUUAUUUAACGAUUUGACAUCACAAACUUAGGCAGCUUUUAACCAACAAUAUUUAUAAACUAAACGCAUAUAAUACUUAUGUUUUAAUAUUUGUAUGAACUUAUUCAACAUAAUGAAUAUACAAUAUAAUUUAGAUAAAAUCUGUCGCAUUUGUAUGUGCGAGGCAAAUAAUAUGAAAAAGAUCUUUGGGCCCGUAGAAAAUAUAUCAAAAAUACUUAUGUUUUGUUCAUCUAUAAAUGUCAAUGAAAAUGAUGAGCUUCCAAAACAAAUUUGUGUACAGUGUGUUAAUCAAGCAAAUAAUGCAAGCAAUUUUAAGCAACUUUGUGAACAAUCGGAUAGUGUUCUUCGAACUUAUAUAAAAUUUAAACAUAGUUUUCCUGAUAAUCUUAAGCAAGAAAAAGUGAUAUAUGAAGUCCAUGAUUUGUUUCAAUCGAAUAUCCAAGAUAAUGCAAACACGUUAGCAAAUAAGCUGUUUGAUGAAACUAGUUUAGAACAACAAAUGGUUAUUUACGAAAAACAAGUGUUUGCUUGUGAUCUUUGUUGUGAAGGUUUCCUUCAUGCUACAAGCCUAGAAAAACAUAAAGAGUUACAUAGUAAAAAUGAUACUUAUGCGUGCAAGGACAUUUUAUCAGAAAUUUCUGAUGAUGUUAAACCUUUAUUAAAUGCAAUUAAAGAAGAAAAGCAUGACAACUCUGUUGAUUCAUUUUCUCCAGAAAAUGGUAAACGAAGAAGAGGUCGUCCAAAACAGUCACAAGGGCAAAAAGUUAGUCAUCAAUGCACAAUCUGUAUGGAAUUUUUUGAUAAAAAGCUACAAUUAAAGAGACAUACUAUGUCUGCUCAUCGAGAUAAGCUUGUAACAGUCGAAUUGCAUCAAUGUUCAGAAUGUGAGAAAACAUUUUCAAAAGUUGAAUUACUAAAGAGGCACAUGAAGCAACAUUCAGUUCAAAAUUAUUCAUGUGAUGAUUGUCCUAAAACAUUUAAUAAAUUAGAAAAGUUGACUGAGCAUAAAAAACGGCAUACUGGUGAAAGAUCCCACUUAUGCAGCAAAUGUGGAAAAGGAUACUAUAAGCAGCCACAUUUGGAUAAACAUAUGCUUUCACAUCUAAAGGAUCAUUUGGAAAAACCAGUGUAUCAGUGUACAUAUUGUGGUAAAAAGCUAAAUCAUUCAAAUCACUUGCAAGUACAUAUGAGAACACAUCGAGAUCGAUAUGGACAGCCUUUAUUGCCACAGCCACCAAAUCCUAAUAAAAAGGUAAUAUUAUGCAGUGUUUGUGGUAAAAGUUGCAGUUCAAGAAGUAAUUUAGCCGUCCAUAUGCGGAGACAUACUGGUCAAAUGACAAAUUUUUGCAAAAUCUGUGGUAAAGGUUAUCCAAGAACUACAGAUCUUACAUUGCAUAUGAGAAAACAUACAGGAGAAAAACCAUUUGUAUGCAGUGUUUGUAACAGAGGAUUUGCACGAUCUGAUAAGUUAGCUAUACAUAUGAGGACACAUACAGGUGAAAAGCCCUACGCUUGUAUGGUUUGUGGUAGAGCAUUUGCCCAAAGUAAUGAUUUAGCAUCUCAUAAACGGAGAAAUAUGUGUGGACAGAGUCUUGCUGCCAACCAAAAUCUUAUCAUUCAAAGUUCUGCUAACACACCUGGACAAACUGGUUCACAGACAAGUCAGGCUAGAGCUGCUGAUUUGGUUUCUGAAGUUGUUCAAGGGGUUCCAGAGCUGGCGCUUCAUCCCCGAACAAUUGAAUUAGCACAAGGAAAUGUACAUAGUCGAAUUGAAUAUACAGAUUAUACUACUGCAACAUUACUACAAAAUUUUUCCAAUGGCCAUUUUAUGCGAUAA